AAGGACCGCAUGGAUCCCGCGAGGGAGCCCCGAGACCCCGUGCCGGAGGGGCAGCCCGGGGCCGCGAGCACGGAUGCGUCCCGGGAGCCCGCGAGGGAGCCACGCCCCGCGACGCCGCCGGGGCAGCCCGGGGCCGCGGGGGACCGCACGGAUGCGACCCGGGCGCCUACGCAGCACCGCGUCGUGUUCGAGGUGCUGGCGGAGCCGCAGCCGAAACCGAUGAAGCGGAUCGAGUUCGCGAUCGACGGCCGGGCCGCGGAGGAGGAGGAGGCCCAGCGCAUGUCGAUGCGCGAGUGGUUCGCGGGCGCGGGCGACGACGUCCUGACCUACGACCAGGUCAUGGCGCGCCUGCCGCCGCCGCUGCCGCGCGACGACGCCGCGGCGCGGGCCUACGCGGCCGCGGACGUCGACGCGGGCGCGCCGCCGCGCGUCUGGGCCGGCGCCGGCGCCGAGGCGUGCUCGCCGUGCCGCGCGCCGCACGCUGAAGCCGUGGACCUCGGGUCGCCGGCGAGCCCCCGCGUCGAGGACGUGCCCGCGCGCCGCGAGGUCGACAUGGCUCGCAUGCCCGAGCCCGACGUCGAGACCCUCGAGGCGUCCAUGCGUGCGCUGCAAGCCGAGAUCGAGCGGCGCGAGCGGCGGCGCGGCAAACGUCCUCCGCCGCGGCCCGGGGCCCGGCGCAUCUUCGGCGACGUGAAGAAUCGCGUGGCGUAAUAUGGCUGUUCUGUG